AUGGCGUCCAAGGUGACGUUCAAGAUCACGCUAACGUCCGAUCCAAAACUGCCGUACAAAGUACUGAGCGUGCCAGAAAACACACCGUUCACAGCCGUACUCAAGUUCGCUGCUGAAGAGUUCAAGGUUCCACCAGCAACAAGCGCCAUUAUCACUAAUGAUGGUAUUGGCAUCAAUCCAGCACAGACUGCAGGCUCCAUAUUCUUGAAGCAUGGUUCGGAUCUGAGACUCAUUCCCAGAGACCGGGUUGGCUUCAGGACUCACUAGAUGCCAUCGUAUCACCAUCAAUCUUAGUCAAAGUCAACCAUCUUCAUUAAUUGUGACAUUUUCCUUGUCAUGAACAUGAACAACAAACAGUGAAACUGAAACGGCACUGACAGCAAAUGGAGUUGUCCCUAUAGUUUGGUUUUGAUCAGCUACCCUCUUGCCGCCUCCUCUCCCCCUCCCCCUCUCCCUCCUCCUUCCAAAACACGUCUUUCAGCCUCUGCAGAAACCCCUUGUUCUCUUGUACUACGACACUCUUCUCUCUCCCUCCUCCUCCCUCUUCUUCCUCUUCCUCCCUA